AUCAGCACAUGUGUAAACAGAGAAGCCAAAUUACCUCUGAGCAAUUUAUAAACUGUAUCGUUGUUUUUAAACGGUAGAUAUAAACAAUAACUAGACAUUUAUAUUGAAACACAGUUAAUAACAAAAUGGCAGAAGACAGCGACGACGGCAUGGACGCGUUCAUAGACAAAUUUAAAACCGAAAGAUAUAAAAAUGCUUUCGAUGAAAACAACUGGGAAGAGGAGUUUGACAAAAUACCCAUGUUUAUGAAAAAAGCGCCUGAAAACUUUGAUCCAAAAGAAUACCCAGAUUUGGCUUGUAUUCAGGCUUUAGUCCACGAUGAAGACAGGUCUCCAGAAGAAAAAGCCCAGAGCCUGAAAGAUGAGGGGAAUGCGUACUUUAAAGAGAAGAACUACAAAAAGGCUGUAAUCGCAUACUCAGCAGGGUUGCAUCUUAAAUGUGCCGAUGAAGAGCUCAACAUUGUUCUUCAAACGAACCGGGCCGCUGCACAUUUUUAUUUAGGUAAUAUGCGUUCUGCUCUGAACGAUGCCACAGCUGUAAAGAAGAGGAAACCAGACCAUCUCAAAGCUUUGAUCAGAGGUGCUCAGUGUUGUAUUGAGCUGCGGAGCUUCGCCGAUGCCGUCCAGUGGUGCGACGAGGGCCUUAAGGUCUAUCCCGCCGACAAAAAGCUCCUGGAGCUCAGAACAACAGCAGAUAAACACAAGAGAGCAGCAGAUAGAGAUGCUCGGAAGGCCAAAGCCAAAGAAAAGAAGGUGCUCGGAGAGAAAGAAGCUCUUCUGGCUGCUAUAAAGGGUCGAGGUGUCAAACUCGUCCAGUCUUCAAAACCUCGUCGACACAGUUCAGACAGUGACGACGAGGAUGAAGGCUCGUCGUCGGCGUUGGCUCAGUUGAACCUCGACGGCCUCAGUUCUAAAGACGCCACGGGGGCUCAGGUGUUCCUGGAUGAACAGGGUUCCCUGCACUGGCCUGUGUUGUUCCUCUACCCCGAACACCAACAGAGCGACUUCAUCUCCGCCUUCUGUGAAAACAACUGCUUCAUAGAUCACCUGGUGGUCAUGUUUGGAGAAGAACUUCCACCUUGGGACACAGACAGAAAAUACCAGCCACAAAAUCUGCAGCUGUUCUUUGAAGAUGAACAAAAGGAAAGUCUUUACCACGUCGACCUAGAGACGUCACUUCUGAAAACGUUGCAGCAUAAAAGGUUUUUCGUCAAGGCCGGCACUCCCAGCUUCAUCGUUCUGGUGAAAGGCUCAUCAUUCAGCAAGCAGUUUUUGACAGGAAAGAGAAUUCAAGGGUUGUAGAAACACUACCCUUCAACGUAUGGACUUUUAAUAUGUACGUGUGUUUUCAAUCCUAAAGGACUGGUUAUGUUUGUGAAAGGACGCCGAAGACCAGGAGUCAGUUACAAGAUAGAUUUAUGAUAAUGGACGAGAUCAAAGUCGACAUUAAAUUAACAAGUGGUGUCAGUCACAACAAACCCUGCCCCUCGCACAUAGUUUGUCCAUUAUAAGUAAAUGGGAAGCUUUUAAAACAGGGCUCUCAAACUCAUUUUCUUUUCAUGGGACCACAUUCAGCCUGA